ACAUCCUUAGCCUUUUACCUCAAUCUUCUCCAAUUUCCACUCAUUCCACAAACACACACACAAAAAUCUUCACCAUAAAAUUCAUCAACCCUUUGAGCUUGUAAAACUCUCAUGAUAGUUCACUAAGUUCAAUAAAACUUUGAGAGCCUCAUUAAUUUCUUUGAUUUAAAAUUAUGCUAUGGAGGCCCUCAAUUCUACUAUUUACACCCCUCUAUGUGUUCUUUCUGACAGAACAAAACAACCCAAAAAAAUUUCAUCACACCCAGCAAUUUCUACAAGCAAAGUUUCAAACUUUUCAACUUCAAACAACAGAAAACACAACCUAAGGGAGUGUUUAUCAAGGAAUUUUCAAAAGGGUCUAAUCCUUGCAGCUUCAGUUGUGAAUGUGAAUGUGAAUGUUAAUGGAUUUGCAAAUGCUUUAACUUAUGAAGAAGCAUUGCAACAAUCUCCAAUUUCUGGUGGUGACAUUGAUGUUAAUGGUUUUGUAGAUAGUUUGAUAAGUUUUGCAACUGAGAACCCUGCAAUUCUAGCUGGUGGAGUGGCUAUUUUGGCAGUGCCAUUGGUUUUGUCACAGAUUUUGAAAGAGCCUAAGAAAUGGGGUGUUGAGUCAGCUAAAAAUGCUUAUGCAAAAUUGGGGGCUGAUGGGAAUGCUGAGUUGCUUGACAUAAGAGGAUUGAGUGAGAUUAGGACAGUUGGUGGACCUAAUGUUGGGGGUUUGAAGAAGAAAUCAGUGUCAAUAGCUUACAAAAGUGAUGAUAAGCCAGGGUUUCUAAAGAAGCUUUCUUUGAAGUUUAAGGAACCUGAGAAUACCACAUUGUUCAUUCUUGACAAAUUUGAUGGGAACUCUGAACUGGUUGCAGAGUUGGUCACCCUUAACGGAUUUAAGUCUGCUUACGGAAUUAAGGAUGGUGCGGAAGGACCACGAGGAUGGAUGAAUAGCGGUCUUCCUUGGGUUGAACCAAAGAAAGCAUCAAGCUUUGAUUUUGGCAGCCUGACAGAUACUAUCACUGAUGCAAUUGGAGAUACCUCUGAUGGCUUGGCUGUUACUCUUGGGAUUGCUGCAGCUACUGGAUUGGGUGUAAUAGCUUUUUCUGAGAUAGAAACAAUUCUCCAACUUGUAGGAUCAGCUGCACUUGUUCAGUUUGCAAGCAAGAAGCUUCUAUUUGCUGAGGACCGGAAAAAAACACUACAACAAGUUGAUGAGUUCUUGAGCACCAAGGUCGCCCCUAAGGAGCUUGUCGAUGAAAUAAAGGAUAUCGGAAAAGCUCUUCUACCAACCUCGACCAACAAUAAGGCUCUUCCUGCACCAACAAAGAAUAGUCCAGUGCUUGCUACAGCUGGUGGCACAGUACAGGAAGCAGAAGCUAUUCCUGACACUGUCUCUGAGAUCAAAGUAGAAGCUGUAGCAGAAGCUGCUCCGGAGACCAAAGUUGAAGCUGCGGCAGAAGCUGCUCCGGAGACCAAAGUUGAAGCUGCGGCAGAAGCUGCUCCGGAAAUAAACUCAGUGCCUAAAACUGAAACUGUGGCAGAAUCAAUUCCGGUGCAACCUAAGCCGCUUUCACCAUACCCAUAUUAUCCAGAUUUCAAGCCUCCAGCAUCUCCUUCUCCUUCACAGCCCUAGAAAAGAGAAUUCUAUAGCAGGAAAAAUAUCUAGCAUGUAUGAAGAGCUGCAAAAUACUAUAUAAUCUAUAUAUUCCUGCCAGAAUGUCUUCAACUUACAUGCAACUUAGGUUGAAGACAUGAUUCAAGGUCACAAGUUAUAUAAUAUAUAGUCUGUUAUUUCAUCCUUACAUUUGUGCUACUCAGUAUGCAUUUGUUGUUGUUGUUGUUGUAAUUGAUGGAUGUGUUGUGAAGGUAGUAGUGUAGUUAAUAGCAUUGUACUCAUAGUUGUUAUGUUGCGAUUUAGUAUCACUAUUAUAUCAUUCAGUUUUGAAUAAGCAAAUAAUAUUUCAAAUAUGCAAUGUUUGGAUUUAGUUAAGCGUUGAA